AUGGGUCCAGUCAAGACAAAGGCCACCAUUGGUGUGCUAUCUACCAUCAUAUUUUACAUGUGCGCCAACAGCAUCCUGCGGGCCACACGUCCAGAGGUAUUCAUUUGGCAAGAUGAAGACCGAGAGGAAUCCAGCUGGAUUGCUACCUCCCGGUAUUGGCUCGACCGGAAAUGCUGUCGCUGGCUGGGCGUCUGUGGUGCAUUCCACAUGCAUUACAUCUCGGAGCACGCCAAGUUCGGUCAUCGUCCCUCGAUAGGCCAUCGAGAGCGGUUAGUGGUUCCCACGCCCGACUGGGACUGGCAGCAUGCCUGGACAGAGGGCAACGACCGGCCUGAAGACUGGACUCACGACGAACGGGUGCUGAGGGAGAUCCCAGACUACGUGUUUGAGUAUGCUCCUCUCGUCCACCUCUACUCGGGAGAACAGUUCUGGCCCUGCGACAUUGCCGAGCACCUCUACCACAUCACCCCAACCUUGAACUACACGGCAGUGCAGUCCGAGCAGCAACACCCAACCCUCCAAAACUUGGACGAGCUGAACCAGUGGGACGGUGGUCGGUGGGUGUUUCUGACUAGCAACGACAACGUGGAACAACGGCCAGACUGGUUGGAGGGAGAGAAGAACAUCCCAACAGGACCGUCGAGUCCAGAUGACCCAUCCGAUGACAACGAGGGCUGGGUCCACAAACCAGGAAGAACAUACCUUCAGGGUGUGAAGGAUGCAUUGGAUGACGCGAAAGAAUGGUUUGCACCGGACUUGGAUGGCUUUGAGGAAAACGACGAUUUUCAAAUGACGGCCUCGGGCCAAUCAGAGCAGACGGAGGCCGCACGCCGGAUUCAUCACGAACUGAGACGCUCAACCACUUCGAAUCACGCGCCGCCAGACAGGCUCCGAGGGGGUCGGAGCGAUGCGCCUGCGGUCCUCGUCACUGUCAACAAGGGCCAUGGCAUCGUCGACGCCUUUUGGUUCUUCUUUUACAGCUUCAACUUGGGGAACGUGGUACUCAAUGUCCGCUUCGGCAAUCACGUGGGAGACUGGGAGCACACCGCCAUUCGAUUUCAACACGGCAAACCCAAAGCGGUUUUCUUCAGCGAGCACAAUUUCGGAUCCGCCUACAGCUAUGAAGCGGUGGAGAAGAUCGGGAAACGCCCCGUCAUCUAUUCCGCUUAUGGGACUCAUGCUAUGUACGCGACGCCUGGCACGCACCCUUACAUCCUACCAUGGGGAAUCCUUCACGACAUGACUGACCGUGGUCCUCUGUGGGAUCCGGCCCUGAAUUCACACGCGUAUACAUAUGAUCACAAGAACGAGACCCUGCGGUCGUCGAACCGUACCCCCAACGCCCCAACCAACUGGUUCCACUUCGCUGGACAUUGGGGGGAUAAAUUCUACCCUCUGGGUGAUAAACGGCAGUAUCGAUUCGCCGGACAAUACCACUAUGUCAACGGCCCACUGGGCCCGAAAUUCAAGCAUCUGGGGCGAAAGAAGAUUUGUCAAGGGCCAGACACUGCCCCUUGCGUGGUCAAGAACUGGCUCGGCAGCGGGGACAAGAUUGCCCAUUUACAUCUGUCUCCUCUUGAAGGGGAGGAAGGAGACAACGCCAUAUAG